ACGGAUGCUUCCGACCUGGGAAUAGCCUGUGUACUGUGGCGUUUCCACUUUGAUAAGGUGGAAGAUGGUACGCAGGUAACUCCCGAGAUUCUGGGGCAAUUUGGUGAUGUUGUGAGUACUUGGAGUCGCAAGCUUCGUGGUUCCGAAAGAAGAUGGGCCAUGUUUGACCUGGAAG